AUGGCCUUUAAAUGGGUUUCAUCAUCACCAAACAUCAAUUGCGAAUUCCAAGUGAGGAACAAAAUUAUAAUUAACCACACGCUAAUUGCGCCAAGAGCUUCUUCUGCUAAGAGAAAUCAACUUUCAAUGGUACCCAAAAAGAAGUCUCGACGACGUCUGAUUACCAUAUCAACAUCCCAAGGAAGAUGGGACAGUAAAUGGGAGUGCAAUUACGUAUUUUCACUGCAUCAACUACAACUGCACGAUCUAGUGGACGACGACAUUCACAAAGACACGGACGUUUUCAUUAACCUUUCCCUUGAGAAGCAUGCUGGACUUGGGUUAUCGGUAGAAGGAGCGAUCACAACAUGCAUAAAUAGGAAAUGUUGCAAUUGUUGCUCCCCCUACUCGAGUGAGAUCAACACAACUUUUAAAGUUUGGAUUAUUCCAUCAACCAGACUGGUUAGAGACUCAUCUUUUCAUCAACUCCCCGAUAUUGGCACUGAAGAUCCUUCUGUUCUUUAUGUGAAACCUGGAUAUGAAGCCGAUCUUGAUUCAUUGAUACAAGACACGAUUCGACUUGCCAUCUCAGUUAAAGAAACAUGCUCUCAAGCUUGUGAUAAGUCUGAACCUAAAAUGCAUUAUUUGGGUAUAAGAAACUCAGCCUCCACAGAGAAGAGGUGGUUUAAGCUAUUGGAGCUGAAGGAAAAGCACCAUUUCAAAAUCUAA